AUGCCAGUUUAUUCCGUUUCCCAUGUGGAGAAUGUCCGAAUCUGUGUCAUUAUGGUGGGCUUGCCCGCACGAGGCAAAAGCUUGAUUGCCCAGAAAAUCGUGCGCUAUCUUCUGUGGCUCUCCAUCAAGUCCAAAUGUUUCAAUGUGGGGUCGUACCGACGGACAUUGGCCGGUCCGCAUGUGAGUUCGGAUUUCUUCGACCCCAGCAACAAAGAAGGCAUGGAAAUCCGUGCCCGCGCGGUCGACUUGGCCACGGCAGACAUGAUGAAGUGGUUUGCUGAAGAGAGCGGUGUGGUGGGCAUUAUCGACGCCACGAAUCUGACCAAGGAAAGACGCAGCAAGUUGCUCAAGUUGUGCCGCGAGAACCUCAUUGAGCCGAUCUUCUUGGAGAGCUGGUGCAACGACCACGACCUUAUUUUGCAGAACAUAGCCGACGUCAAAACCACGUCGCCCGACUACGCCGAUGUCGACUCUGAAGUGGCCACGCGGGACUUUUUGGACCGCAUCCGCCGCUACGAGGCCACGUACGAGACGCUCAAUGUUGAGGACGACGGUGCCUUGACCUUCAUCAAGUUGGUCAAUGUCAGUCUGCAGAUCAUCGUCAACCGCAUCGAGUCGUACUUGGAGUCUCGCAUAGUCUACUACGUGAUGAAUUUGCACAUCAAGCCGCGGUGCAUCUGGUUGCUGAGACACGGCGAGUCCGAGUACAACUUGACGGGCCAGAUUGGCGGCGACUCGAACCUCUCGGAGCGGGGAUGGAGAUAUGCGAAAAAGCUCCCGGAACUUGUGUUGAAGUCGCUCGGAGAGGAAAACAAGCACACCAACUUGACUGUGUGGACGUCCACGCUCAAGCGCACACAGCAGACGGCGUCGUUUUUGCCGUACAAAAAGAAGUUGGAGUGGAAGGCGUUGGACGAGUUGGACGCUGGCGAAUGCGACGGCAUGACCUACGAAGAAAUCGAGCAGCAGUUCCCCGAGGACUUCAAGGCCCGCGACGACAACAAGUACGAGUACCGCUACCGUGGCGGCGAGUCCUACCGCGACAUUGUCAUUCGGUUGGAGCCCAUCAUCAUGGAGUUGGAGAGACAGGAGAACAUUCUUAUCAUCACCCACCAGGCGGUGUUGCGGUGCUUGUAUGCGUACUUCAUGAAUGUGCCGCAAGAAGAGAGCCCGUGGAUGUCGAUUCCGUUGCACACAUUGAUCAAGCUCGAGCCCAGAGCGUACCUGACGAUAGUGUCCAGAAUGAAGGCCGAUAUUCCUGCGGUCAGCACCUAUAAGGAGAAGGGCACGUCGCAGCUUGGCGAGCUGGCUGACAGUAUUUCUGUCAAGAGCAGGGAUAUCAUCAACCAGUACACGGACAUGGCAGGGCGUUAG